AUGCAGAUUGCAUUUCGGUUAGUGGUCUUAAAGGAUCCAAGUCCGCCUAACCUCUGGCUGUUUGCGUAUGUAGUCUCGCUGUUCAAUUAUCAAGAGAUUCGUGACCACUUGAAGACUUCAUCUGCCAAGUUUGCCGAAUGCGCAAGUUUCAAGACAACUGUACGAGAUCGAGGGCCAGGCCUCAAGGCAUCUGUAACCGAGGACAGCAAUGAUACCUUUCAAAAAGUGAAUGCGUUGAAGCCGGUAGACUCGUAUCGUCAUGGUUCUCUCGAUCUAAGCAAAGUUCAGAUUGGACACAAGAACGGCAUCUGCGUCCUCGCCCCGGACGUCGCCGCAGGACCAUACUCCUGGCCCCGGUCCGAGACCCUUCGGCAGAACAUGACGGAGGACCGGACCGGCGUGCUCCUGAUCCUCGAUGUCGGCGUCAUGGAAAUGGCCACCUGCGAGCCUCUCUUCAACGCACUCCUCGCCUUCUGGCAUUGCAGCGCCACCGGCAGCUACUUCAGCUUCGCAGCCUUGUACGUCCACCGCACUAUGCGCAUCCACGCUGACAGUACGCGCCAAUUUGUCUCCGAUCGUGUUGCUGUACAACGAUUUAACGAUUCGCUACCAGUCUUCACCGACUGGGUCCCCCACGCCAACGGCACGAUCAAGACUGGAAACUUAAACUCCGCUGGCCAGCUGCUCUUCGACGAGACCGUCUCACAGGAGACUAUGGUGCUAGAGCCGUAUGUCGGCUACACCGAGAUUGACCGCACGACCGACGACGUCAACUCGGUCUUCUCGUCUGCCUGGCGAUCGGUUACAACCCGACCACCGCUAUUGUUCCCUGGGAUGGUGAGGAUAUCACCAAGGACAUGGUCCGGCAUCGAUACGGAAAGCGGCAUCUCUUUGAGUGGAUCCGAGACUCGAGGAAGAGGCGGUGGCGGUGGUGUUGAUGCUGCCCUGAGUGGGAGCCAAAGCGCCUUUCCCAGUGGCGGCACGCCCUCGGCGAUGAUUUAA